GACUCCUUAGAUUGAGUCAGUAGGUUGUCAGUCAGGGGUCAAAGUCUACGUGGUGAGGCUUGGAACCACUAAUCUGGUUGUACACUUAUCACCAUGGUUGAGACCCGUAGUGGGACAAGCACUAGCCCCUACACCCCUGAGCAGCAAGAGAAGAUGGCCGCCCUAGUGAGAGAGAACAAAGAGAGGAAAGAGCUCCAGAAACAGGCGAAGUUGAAGGCUAUCCCAGAGGAGCAGGCUGCAAAGAUGAAGAAGUUGGAGGAGGAGAUGAAGAGAGUUCAACAAGAGGAGGAAGAGAGGAGAAAGGCUGCCGAAGAGGAAGCAGCAACAGAAGAAGCAAAAGAGAGGAUGCGUAUCGAGAGUAGAGAGGGGAGUAGUGGCACGAAAAAGGAUGAAGACGCAGAGAUGGAGAGAAAGAUAAGUGAGUGGGUCGCUAAUUUAUCAUUGGGGGAAGAUGAGGAGCCAGAGUCUUAUGUGGAGAAAGUUCUCCAUUCCCUCACUCUCCUCGUACAAGAGGACCUCCCCUUUGACGUAGUAUUGGGAAUGGAUUGGGGAGAGGCAGCAGGGGCCACACUCCACUUGAGAGAGCAUGAGUGUAGGUUCCCUAGUCCGUCAGGCGAGGUUAAGAUUGCCCGCCUGCUCCAUGUGUCAGGUGUAGACAACACCUUGGCACAUUGUUGUCUCAGUGCGCCCGCGUUCACGCGGUUAGUGAAGGAGCGAUUAGAAGAACAGGUCUUUGUAGUGUACGUAAGGCUUGCCACUGAGGCUAAGGAAAAGGAUAGUUCCACAGAUCCAACCACUGCCAAGCUGCUGAAGGAGUUCAAAGACUUGACUGAGUCGCCGACAGGAGUAGUGCCGCGACCCAUCCAGCACAGGAUAGACAUAGAGCCUGGCAGUAGAACUCCUAAGGGAGCAGUCUACCGGAUGUCCCCUAGAGAGUUAGAGGAGCUGCGCAAGCAGUUAGACGAGCUCCUUGAGAAGGGUUGGAUCAGGCCCAGUUCGUCUCCUUUUGGAGCACUUGUCUUGUUUGUCCCCAAGAAGGAAGGAGAGCUUCGUAUGUGUAUAGACUAUAGGGGUUUGAAUGCGAUUACUGUGAAGAAUGCUGAACCACUGCCCAGGAUAGAUGAUCUUCUAGAUCGAGUGCAGGGUUGCAAGUAUUUCUCUAAGAUAGACUUGAAGUCCGGAUACCAUCAGAUAGAAGUCCAUCCUGAUGACCAGUAUAAGACUGCGUUCCGGACUAGAUAUGGGCAUUAUGAGUUCAUAGUGAUGCCCUUUGGACUAACUAACGUGCCAGCCACCUUUCAGCGUUGUAUGAACGAUCUGUUUAGACCUUGGUUAGACAAGUUUGUAGUAGUUUAUCUAGAUGAUAUCUUAGUUUUCAGCAAGACCCUCCAGGAGCAUCAGGGUCAUUUGAGGCAGGUCUUGGAGAAGCUCAGAGAGGCUAACUUCAAGAACAACGCAAAGAAGUGCGAGUGGGCCAAGACACAAGUCUUGUACUCGGGCCACGUAUUAGACGGAGACGGCAUUAAGCCAGAGGACAGCAAGAUAGCGGCGAUUAGAGACUGGCCGACGCCCCGCACAUUGACAGAGUUGCGGUCGUUCCUAGGCCUAGCUAACUACUAUAGGAAGUUCGUGAGGAACUUCUCUACUAUCGCCGCUCCCUUGCGCAGGUUGCUAAAGAAAGAGGCAAUCUGGCAAUGGGACAACGGCUGUACGUCUGCGCUAAAGAAGUUGAAGCGCGCGUUAAUAGAGUAUCCUGUCCUCAAGGGAGCUGAUCCGUCCUUGCCAUUUGUCGUCACCAUGGACGCGAGUCAGUAUGGUAUAGGCGCCGUGUUGCAGCAAGACGACGGCAAUGGCUAUAGACCCGUAGAGCUCAUGUCAGCGAGGAUGCCCUCAGAGAAGGCAGCCACCUCGACGGAUGAGAGAGAACUCUACGCUCUCAGGCAGGUUCUAGAACACUGGAAACAUUAUCUGCUUGGGAGGCGCUUCAAAGUGUAUUAUGACCAUGAGACGCUUCGUUGGUCAAAGACUCAGGCCAAGAUGACACCCAAGUUAACUAGGUGGGCCGCUGAAAUAGACCAGUAUGACUUUGAGCUUAAGCCAGUGAAGGGCAAGUACAACGUAGUUGCGGAUGCUCUGAGUAGGAGAUCAGACUACUUUGGAGCCAUAGUACACUAUCUGGAUAUAGGGAGAGACCUGCAGGAGAAAGUGAGGCGAGCGUAUGCGCAGGACCCUAUCUAUAGUGACGUCCUCAAGAGGGUUAAGGAGGCCCUAGAGACCGAGCCACACUACCACACUACUGAAGGAUUGCUGUUUGAGAAGACGGAUGUAUUCGACCGCCUAUGCGUUCCCAAUAGUGAGGAAAUCCACAGUCUGAUCCUAGGGGAAUGCAACGACACAGAGGGAGAUUUCGGUUGGCAGAAGACAUUAGCCAAUCUGAUGCGUGCGUACACCUGGCCAGGAAUGAAGAAUGACUGCAUAGAGUAUGUUCGCAGUUGCAAAGUUUGCCAGCGGAACUAGACCACUACGCGUGCCCCUCUAGGUCUUCUCAGACUGCUGCCUAUUCCUGAUCAGCUUGGAGACUCAGUGUCCGUAGACUUCAUGGAUACU